GCUAUCUGUGAUCAGAGAUGGCGGGCGCCUCCGACCCCCUGGAAGAUAUGCUCUUUUCAGAGGUGGAUGAAAAAGCUGUGAGCGACCUCGUAGGCUCAUUGGAGUCACAGCUUUCCGGCCAAAGCAACCCAGCGGGUAAAACAGACGCAAACGGAGGCGCUGGCUCAGUGGCUCCCGCUAACCAUCACAUAGGAAAAACGCUGCCAGCUCCUGUGGGCACCACAACACUAGAACAACAACAACAAGGACGGCGGAAUAAACCUGAGAUGCGCCAGGAGAUCAACUCUAAAGACGUCAGCCCGGAUAAAACUGUCACCUCUCCUUCUCUGGGCUGUACGCCGUCUUUCUGCGAGCCCUCCAACACCUCCUCUGCCUGUGUGAACGCCAGCAGCAGCGGGUCGCAAUCACAUGGAGCAUCCAUCACAACACUGGCUGCAUCUGGGGGGUCAACUUUGGCAUCUCCUCCAGCCAGCAUCAGCACCGCAGCCAGCCGGGGGUCUAAGGUUGCCCCGGGCGCAGGUGAAACGUCGACAGAGGCUAACUCGUCGAGAAAACGCAUAACCACGCCGCGGAGGAGCGCUUCAGCUCGGAUAAAGAGUUUGAACGGCGCAGCUGUAACGACGAGGAGGAACAGCAACACGGCGGUGACCGAAAACGUCAGCUCCGUGGACACCAGUGCAGCUACAACAAACUCCGCUCGACCGGUGACAUCCUCUAUUAACACUUCGACUUUCACCUUAUCAAACGCCAACCUGCCUGCAGGUCAGUCGGCUAUUGCUCUCGACCGGGGGACUCCUACUAUUGCUCUGCAUAGACUCCCCAGUCAUAUUGUAGCGAGCAUAGCCCAGAACGGAAACGGGACCAGUGUUUCGGCCUUGGUCCAGCAGGGCGCUCGCAUAGGACCCAUCACCUCUUCAUCUCCACAGGGGAAUCACAGCAAACCGGUCACAGACACUGGGGCUUCCAAAACAGACGAUUGUCAGUCCAAAAUUGUAAUGUCAAGCCAGUCUGGUGGUGUCAAUUCUGUAAUAAACACUGUUUCCUCUGUGUCUUCUGUUGCCACACCACCAACAACUACUACAGCAGCAGCUGCAACUACCACAACUAUAACGGAGCCUCUGAGCUCUACCACAGCUGCUGCUUGUCUUACAGGGGUGGCAACUAGUUCUGUAUGUGGAACUGGUCAUACUACAUCAGUGACAACUACUAUCAGCAUGGUCAGGCCCACAGCUGCCUCUCCAACACCUGCUGUGGCCGCCUCUGCACAGUCUCAACCCCGUCCUGGACUUACAGCACCUCAAAGGAUUGUAGCACCCCAGCUAAUUGUCAGACCACCUCAACAGCAGACGACCAUUCAGCUACCCCCUGGGUUUACCAUCCCACCGGGGAUGGUGCUGGUACGUACGGAGUUGGGCCAGCUCGUGAUGGUUCCUCAACAGGCUUUGGCUCAGGCUCAGGCUCAAGCUCAGGCUCAGGCCCAGAACAACAUCUCUCCGCGACCUGCCACCCCCACCACAGGAGCAUCCUUCAGAGUAUCAACUCCACAGAAGGGCCCCGUGGCACCAGCGGUGGCUGUGACGGCUCCGCAGCAGACCCCCGUGGUUAUGGCCCCCCAGGCCCCGGCCCAGGCUGCCUCCCAGCCAGUACAGCCUCCGCAGACGGGCAUCGCCGCGGCCCCCGGAGCUCCUGUCGUGUCCCAGGAAAUGCAAGAGAAUGUGAAGAAGUGUAAGAAUUUCCUGGCCACACUUAUCAAGCUGGCAUCUCACAAUUCACCGUCUCCUGAGACUUCCAAGAACGUGAAGGCUCUGGUUCAGGACCUGCUGGAUGCUAAGAUUGAACCGGAGGAGUUCACCAGCCGGCUGCAAACUGAGCUCAAAUCAUCUCCACAGCCUUACCUGGUGCCCUUUCUUAAGAAGAGUCUCCCGGCCCUGCGGCUGUCUUUGCUGAAUAGUCAGCAGUCCCUGACCCAGCCCCUGCAGCAGGGAGUCAAACCAGCACCCGGCGGCACCCCUCCUGCCAUUGUAGCUGGGCCAGCUGUCCGCAUACGCCACCCUAACAGCGUCAGCACCACCACGGGUGCCAGUGCGCUGCCCGCGGGGACGCUCGGACACGCAGCUGCCAUGGGUAUCAAGACAGUGGGUGCUGUAGGUGGCCAGGUCCGAAUGCCUGUGAUGAUCACACAGUCUGUCAGAGCGCAAGGCACAAUGGGGAAGGGAGCCGCCAUACAAGCAGGCAAAAGUCCCGUGGGCUUGGCUGUUCAGAUCUCUGGGAAUCAAAAAAACAAGCUCAACGACCCCGGAGGAGGCUCUUUCAGGGAUGACGAUGACAUCAAUGACGUGGCCUCCAUGGCCGGGGUGAACCUGAAUGAGGAGAGCGCAAGAAUACUCGCCACUAACUCAGACCUGGUUGGAACGCAGAUUCGCUCAUGUAAAGACGAGGCCUUUCUCCACCUGGGACUGCUCCACCGACGAAUUCUGGAAACAGCAAAGAAGUUUGGAGUAACGGAAGUCCCCAUGGAGGCAGUGACCUUCAUCUCGCACGCCACACAGUCACGACUUCGCACUGUGGUAGAGAAGGUUUCUACUAUCGCACAGCACCGACUGGACUCCUGUAAGGAUGAAGAGUGCUACGAGCAGUCUGCAGACGUUCGCUCUCAGCUUCGCUUCUUCGAGCAGCUGGAGAGAAUCGAGAAGCAGAGGAAGGACGAGCAGGAGAGAGAGAUCCUGUUGAAAGCCGCUAAAAGUCGCUCCAGGCAAGAGGACCCAGAGCAAGCUCGACUGAAACAGAAAGCUAAGGAGAUGCAACAGCAGGAACUGGCCCAGAUGAGGCAGCGAGAUGCCAACCUUACAGCACUAGCGGCCAUUGGACCCCGCAAAAAACGCAAGGUGGAUUCACCGGGGGCCACCCCAUCAGGGACUGAGGUUUCAGGCAGCACGGCGGGCUCCCCGGCCAGCUCAUCCGCCCCGUCCACCUCAUCACGCCAGUACACAAGGCAACGCAUCACCCGCGUCAACCUCAGGGACUUAAUUUUCUACAUGGAGCAGGAGAGAGAGACCGCCCACUCCCUCCUCCUUUACCGCGCCCUGCUCAAGUAGCCUCUGCUCCGCUCAGCGCCCACCUCAACCUCCUCCUCCUCCUCCUUCCCAGCCACGUGCCUUCAGAUCAGGUCUAAUGUUUCAGCUCUGUGUUUCCAUAUGUACUGUAGUGAUGUUCGAUGUAGCUUUUAAUAACAAGAAAGAGAGAGAGAGAGAAAAACUCAAAAAUAAAACUGUUGUUCCGUGUCUUCUGCGUUUAGCCUCACGGUGUGUAGUUAGAUCAUUCAGUUUUAAGGCCAUAUCAAACUCUUUGUGUUGAAGUUGGAUUUGUUUAACAAAGGAACAAAGUGGUUUUUUUUGUGUCGCAGGACUUGACCCAGAACUCGUUCCACGUAUGUCAGGUAGCUGUUUAUUUGACGUUCUUGGCAGUAGCUUCAAUGAACCACCUCAAAGUAAGGGUCAUUCUGGCGAAGAGAAUUAUGUUCACACCUCAAUACAGCCUACGAUAUUCUCCACGAGCUAUUUAUUGAACAUAGUUCAAUGAAUGUAGUCGAGCUGAACUCAAUAAAUGAGAGACUUUACAGAUUUCUAUACUAAGACAUCAUUUUGAAACACUGAGAUUCCAAAUAACAGCAUCAUGUUCAAUUUGCUUAUUGUAUGUGUAAAUAGUUCUUUUUGAAUUAUUUUACAGCAUGUAUAUUUUUAUCACAUGUGAGCUUUGUAAGAAAAAGACUAACCCAUGUGUCAAUAUUAUGAAAGCUAAUGUUUGGUAAAACCAUGUGUUUUGAAUGAGUUGAAAUGAGAUGGUUUAUUCUGUUCACCUGUAGAGUAUUUCUUAUAAGUCAGACUCCCUCUGACCCCUCCGCAGAGGUCACUGAACAAAACGACAGUCCGCACUAUGACACCGGUUUCUUAUUGGUCACCAUUGUUGCGUGAGUCAGUAUUUUUUUACCCACACAUAAUGUGAACCUUGUUUUUAUAAGUAGAUGUUUGUAAUUUGUGUCCUAUCAUGCCCACUUCUUCAACAUCACUGUUUAAGAAGGUAAGUUUCGGCUCGGAGUGGUUCAUGUUAGGUGUAGAUGGGGUGGUGAGGUGGGGAAGAGUGAAACCUCUGAUAAAAACAGACAUUCCUUCAUUUUUCCCCCUCACUGUCCUAUUUGCACAUUAAUGACAUUUUUAAAAAUUAAAAGUGAACUAUUCUCCAUUUUGCUGGUGGGCCCCUGGAGCCCCCUUUAGUUCCCCACUACUUUGGAAAUGAUUGAAUGGCAACAGUAGUCAAUGAAGCAUUUUAGUGCACAGCACUUAUACUUGUCUGUAUUUUGAUCUGAAAUGAAAUAUCACAGCUGUAAAGUAAUGUUUAACUGUGGAAGGAAGCAUUUGUAUGAUUCCAGCCUAAAAUUGAUGUCUUUUUUUGUAUUACUGAUUGAAGAGAAAUAUGGGGUAAAAUGCUUGGCUUUUUACAUGUCAAAUUGCAUCGUCGCCUUGUUAAUUUUUUUUUUUUUUUCAGAUUCUUAUUGUAUUAUGUAAUAUUGUCCAUUAUGUUUUUGUUUGUUUUAUAUGUGUUAUUUCUAUUUAACUUAAUAUCUUGGCCUCUAUGCAGCUUUUCUUGUCAUAUUGAAAUUUAUUUAAAUAUGGGUGACAUUUGAAACAAUUGUUGUGCAUUGUAAAUUUAGACAGCACUUUUUUUAAUAUCUAUUUUACCUGAACGUAAAGCUGUCACUGUAUUAUAGCAAAGAAAUUACUCUUUUAAGUAAUGAACAGUAUUGCCAAUUUCUGUCAAAAGACACUUAUUUUUAAUAUAUUUUCUUUUCUUUUUUUUUCUUUGAUUGGAUUUUAUGCUUAACACAUUUUCAUAAAUUUUAUCUCCAAAGUACCAUGUUUUAAAACAAGCACAAUGAUAUCGAUUGUGGUGAAUUCAAAGGAUUUUAAUAAUGAUUUCUAUGGUUUCUGGUGGUUUCACAGGAGGACAUUUCUACUACUACAGCUUUUUAGCCAAAAUAUUAGGACAAUAUUACUGAUGUAAACAGACCGGGGAAAUAACAUUUCAAUGUAAGGAUGAUUUGUAAAUAUUGUUUACAAAACUAUGUGUUUAUUAGAACCACGUUAUUUUUGGUAAACUCUUGUAUAUAUCUUGAAAAUUUCCUGUUUGUGUGAAAAAACAAUACUUAUGUAUUUGUACCUAUUUUGUAAAGGAAUAAAUAAGCUGUUUACUAAACUGAGAA